CCACCUUUCUGAAUGCGAAGCCUUGGACUGAGAUGUGGUGAAUGUCAUGACUACAUCCUAACCCUCCACAUUGACAUGCAUUCAGCCACUGUCCAUGCAUGAUGCCGCCUAGCCUAAAGCGCACGGCCGGGACUCUAGCGAGAUUAGCUCGCGACGACGAGGUGCGCACCGUACCUUUCUCGCUUUCCGCUAGCCGGUCUCGCCUUCACGCCACUCCCCGUAGAACUGAGCCCACACCCUCUGGACUCGUGCGGUCACUAGACGCGCCCGUGCUGGAACUUAUGCAUCGCAUGUCCGAUUUUGAGCCCUAUCAACUGACAUCUUCAGCAUGUUUCUGUCAGAAUCCAUCCAUCAUAUAUAUCGAACACUCGUUCUCCUGUAGCACACCACGCAGACACGAAUGCGCCGGCUCCUUCAAGAUUUCUUCUGCUGGAACUUCCAGCGCCGCCGCCCUUUCUAUCACCACCUUCGCUCACCUGAAGCGUGCAGCAGCCCUUGCGGUUUGUCAACGCACCAUCACCAGAAGUGAAUUCGACCUUCUCCGGAUAAGAUACGACGGUCAACUCUGCGAGACGCAUUUUGUCGGGACAUGUACAUGCAGUCUUGCCUGACUGUCCCCAUCAUAACGGGCAUCAACCCAUUCCGAAAAGCGCAUGAUCGCCCCCGUGAUGGAGGGAAGUCAUCCCGACGUAGUAUGUUCCACACGCGCGAAUUCCGCCUCAGGAAACCAAUCGCAUGGACGUACCGU